GUACAAAACAUACUAACCGUACAAAAUGUCACUAAAAAUGACAAACAAUACAAACCGAAUCUAUACAAACAUGACAAAAUAGGUCAGCAAACAUCACAAAAUCCAACACUGACACCAGGAAAUUGCCUCCGGUCACCGAAAAACUCUCUCUUCUCUCUCUCUCUCUGGGGAAUUCGCCUGGAAUAAUGGAGCAUGAGAGCUGGCUUAAUUGCCGAGGGAACUCUCCUGCCCAGCAAUUGCCAGGGGAGCCACCGCCGACAAUUAACUACCGAACGGAGACGGGACUGGCUUAAUUUUUUUAUUCAUUUUAUAAUUAAAAGUAAAAAAUAGCACAUGCAAUUACUACAUUGCCCUUCAUUAAAUUGAAUUAAUAGGAGCCCUUGGAUUUUAAUGAGGUUGAGUGGUUGAGAUUCACUUAGCCAUGUGACUAAGGGGACCCCCUUAGUCACCUGAUCCCAGCUCGAUGAACUAGGGCACGAGAUGGAAAAUUACAAAAGAAUCCCUCAAGAAACAGACAUGGCUACCAAGGUCACUAAUAAUUUCAGUAAAAUAAAUAUUCAUACAAUAUAUGUUCCUUCAUCCCCGAGGGUUUCCAAAAAAUCAAAUCGAAAACCCUAGAAUAGAAGAGAAGAGCAGGCCAGUGGUCGUUCUUCAUCCACCGGUAAUCGAUUGGAUCCCAUGGCCUCCGAUGAAGAGUUGCCUGAUGAGUUGACCUACUACAAACAUCCCCAAUGCAAAAGCUGCCAGGAACUCGACAAGAAGGAGAUGAAAGAAGAGUACGACGAUGAGGACUACGUUUUUAGGUACGACGAUUUCGGUGGCGAUAAGACCCUAAGGCUGCAUGUCAUCUUCUACAGGCGGAGGUUAUUCGAGGAGGGUGGUUUUUAUUUUGGUUGCCGUCCAAAUUAUUUCAACCUGGAGUCACUGCCAUACCCUCGAGAGCAUUUUAAUUUCGAGCCAGGCUUCGAUUCCAUUGUUGAAGAAUGCGCUGACUUCGCUGUCUAUGCAUAUAAUGAGGAGCGGGAUGCUGAGAUGGAGCUUUGUGGGAUUGAUGAUGCCUCUAUUGGAGGUAGUGGUGGUAUCAAGAUAUUCUAUCUGGUCAUUCGCUGCCGCAAUGGUGAUAGCACCGGUGACGACGGUGGUAGCUCCACUGACGAUGGUAAACGGAAAAGGAGCUCUGGUGAGAGUGAUAACGAGGAGACUUACAGAGUGGUGCUUAACUGUCGCUGGUGGAGUAGGAAUCUGAAGAAGAUUUUGCUCUUCAGGGACUCUAAUGGGGAAAAUUUGAUGACACCGGAUCCCGCGUUCGAUAAACGCAUUAGGCCGGGCAAGCGCCGCCCUCCCCCCACCUAACUGGAUUACAGAGAGCCUUGGAGGAGUUCGUGUCUGUGAGGCUCCGUGGCAAGGUUGUCAACCCGCGGGUCGAUCUGUGGGUUGACCCAGUUUGAUCAUGACCCGGUGAGAAAAACGGGCCGCACGCACCCGCCGGGUCGACUGCCACAAGGUACCGGGUUGGAGGUCAAAUUGUGUCGUUUUUUUCUUUGUUUUGCGAAAUGCGCCUAUUUUUCGAUUUUUCUUUUCGCCUAACUCAAUCUUUGGAAUCCUAAGUUGAACAUUUGAAUAUUAAUGUUAUAUUAGGGUGUGUGAAUUUUCACUAUAUGUUGAAUCUAAGUACGAAAUGUUAUUUUGGUGUAAUAUUAUAUGUUAUAACUCAUAUGUUAGAUGAGAUUUGAUAUAAUUUAUCAGGAUAAGUACAAUAUAAUGACGCUUUCCAUAAUUCCGGGCUAAAAUGGGUGACCCAUUAACCCUUGACCCACUAAUUCAACCGGGUCUGGGUCAACCCGCGGGUUGACAACCUUGCUCUGUGGGCUGCUGAAAUACACUUGUUUUAAUUAUGUAGCUGGCUAUUAUAGUAGUUGGAGAUUCGGAAGCUGAAGAUAGUGUUUGGGACUCCCAGGAGGAUAAGUAGUAGUAGUAGACAAUUAUGCAAUUUGUUUAUGGCUUUGCGUUUGUUUAGUCUGAUUUAUUUGGAAGCUGAAGGUGGUGCUUUAGCAGGGGUGGGAAUUCGGUUGCGGUUUUGUGGUUAAACCGCUGACCACACUGAAACCGUGCGGUUAGUAGUUAACCGCAAACCAAAAAAAUAGGGUCUUUUGCGGUCGCGGUUAGCAAUAUUGCAUGUUUUGUGGUUUGCGGGUUAACCGCAACCGAACAAGUAAUCGCAGUUUAACCGAUUACUAACGCGGUUACCUGCGAUUAACCACGCUAACCGCGAUUAAUUGUACUAACCACACUAACCUCCGUCACAACCAUAAACCAAAAUGUCUCGAAACCAUUAGUAUGGUUAGCAACAUGGUUAACCGCAGGUUGAAUCAAUAGAGUCAAGGGAUUUUUCUCGAAAGCUUUGCUUGGCGACGCAGGUACAAACUUGAGCAAUUACUUCUUAAUUGACAGUCAAGUGUUUUUACUAAUUUCUAGAAGACUAAUAAUUUAGGGGCUUGCUA